AUGUCAUUAAAGAAUACAUUAAAAUUACCAGCAGCCCCAAAGGAAAAGGUUAGAAAUAUAACUAAAUUACCAGUACUUGUUGAAGGUGAAGUCGUAACAAACUAUACCCAGAAAGAUACAAGACCAUUUUUUCAAAAAUUAUCUUAUCCAGUAUUUCUAGAUCUCAGCGAAGGCAUUUACUUGCUAGAGAAUGAUGACUUUUUAAAAUCAUGUACAAAUAUUUUAAAAGAAUUAAAUUUAUCAUCAAAUUCAUUUAUUGAAAUUUCAUCAUUAGGUCAUUUGACAAAAUUAAAAAGAUUAGUUUUAAAUAGAAAUAAUCUUAUAGAGUUUUCAAUUCAAGGAUUAUCAUCAUUAGUAUAUUUGGGAUUAUGCAACAAUAGAUUAGACCGUAUUUCAGAUAUGUCAGAAUGUAAAAAACUAACAAACAUCGAUCUUAGCGGUAACAGAAUGUCGGGUGAAGGUUUUGAUCAUUUAGCCAAAUUAAAAUCUCUCAAAGUAUUGGAUGUUUCUAGCAACAGCAUUAACUUGGCAUUCCCAGAGUUUCAAAAGAAAUUUUUAGAACCACUAAAAAAAUCAAAAUCAUUAGAGUAUUUAUCAUUUGAAAAUAAUCCAAUCGAAAAGAGAAUUGAAGAGUUUAGAUUAUUUAUUAUUAAUGAAUUUCCAAAACUUAAAUAUUUAAAUUGGGUUGCCAUUUCAAAAGAUGAAAGAAAUAAAGCAUCGAAAUUAGAAUCAGAAGGUUUCUUUGCUAAACAAAUUCAACAAGCUGCUUCAGCUCCGCUACCAACUUCAAAUCCAACAACUCCAAUAUCCACACCAGCCAAUAAAUCAUUACAAGCUUCACCAUUAAUUUCACCAAAUAGAUCAACAAGCUUUGUUCAACGUAAACCAUCUGUAGGUGCAAAUAUGGUACCAAAACUAUCAACAUUAUCAAGAUCAACUGAUCUUUUAUCCCGUAGUUUAGUUGAUUCUCAACAACAAGCAUCAGUUCCCUCAACACCACAACACCAAUCAAUGAAUAAUAUUUCAACAUCGACAACCACAAUAGUUGCAUCAAGUCAUGAUAGCAGUUCAUCAUCACCAAUGCCAACAAUGACACCAUUCGAUCUUCAGCAAGCUAAAAUUUUAUCAUCAUCACAGGAUCUAUCUUCGCCAUCUACCCCAACAGCUACAGCUUCACAAAUCCUUUCAGAAACUAGACCCUUAACAGAGCUUUCAAAAGAAGAGUCAGAUAACUAUCUUGAUAUUCUUUUAAAUGAAUUACAACCAAACAAUUCAGAUUUCCCAACAUUUGCUUCGGUCAUUGAUCAAAAAGUAUAUUUAGACCUUUUAUAUCGUGCUAUUAUCGAGGAUGGUAUCCCAGAAGAGCUUCUUGAAGAAUGUAAUAAAGACUCAUUGGCUUCAUCCACUACCACUGUUACCUCUGUUCAAGAUUCUUUCUCUAUGGUUAUUGAUAGCAAUAUAGUUGUAUCACCAUCUCUUAUCAAUAUGCCAGAUGACGACGAGGUAUUAGUUGAACAAGAGCCAUUGCCAGAAAUCAUUUCAUCAAUUCCACAAAUGGUUAAGGAAAGAUCAAGAGAAUCACUUAUCGUUACAAUUGAAAGCUCACCAGAACAUCCAUCACAAACUGAUAAUGAAAGCUCUGCACCAAAACUUCCAACAUUAGAAGAAGCAGUCGAACCAAUUUUCACUACAAAACACCCAGAAUCUCCAGUUAUCUCUUCAACUGGUGCAAAAGAUAUUUGGAAGAAAAUUGAUCAAACAAAUAUUACAACUGCCUCACCACCACCAAGCAAACCAUUACCAAAAAGAUUACCUUCACAAUCUUCAUUUAAUAAUGUUACAAACACACACCCACCAACCCAAUCUAUUCUUAAACCAACUGGUAAACCAUUAGCCAAACCACCAACUGGUUCGCCAAGUGGUUCACCACAAAUGAAACCAUUAGCAAAGAACCCAGCCUCAAUUCCACCAAACUCAAUUUCAAAACCAUUGGCCAAACCUCCAACAGGCUCACCAAGUGGUUCACCACAAAUGAAACCAUUAGCAAAAAAUCCAGCCUCAAUUCCACCAAACUCAAUUUCAAAACCAAUCAUUAAACCAAUGAUUAAGAAAGCUCCAGCUAAGCCAUUAGAACCAUUGGUUCAACCACCAACCCAAGAGCAAAUACCAAAUCAAGAACCAUUAGUUCAACAACCACCAGCUCAAGAGCAAACUAAAUUUGUUAAGCAAGUUAACGUUGAUGAUUUUAGUAGUGAAAUUGAAAAAGCAUUAGCAGAUAUUGAAAAUACUUGGAUGAAUACAAAUAAACAAAAUGAACCAAAUAAGCCAGUUAUUCCACAAGAACUUUUAUCGACUAUUUCAUCAAUUUCAAAAGAAGAAAAGGAAGAGUCACCAAUUAAAAAAGUUGAAAAUGCUACAUCAAAACUUGAUGAAAUGAUUCAAGAAUAUCACAAUCCAUCAUCAGCACCAGCAUCUCCAACUAAUACUAGAAAGAGUGUUAAUCAAACUAAACAAAGCUCACCAGGUUCAACUCCACCACCAACAAGAUCCAAUCCACCAACAGUUGCUACUCAACAACCAACACCACCACAAACUUCAUUUGAUCCAUUACAAAGAAUGAUUAAUAAUGAAGUUUCAAGAGUAAACUCAAUCGCUGCUACAGUUCAACCAUUACCAAAUUGGAUUGUACCAGAUGAAAACAUUCAAAUGGGUAGUAAACUAGGCUUGGGUAGUUUUGGUGAUUGCUUUACAGGUAGUGCAUUUGGUAUUCCAACUAUAUUAAAAAAACUUAGAACCCAAAGAUUUACCGAUCAAUUCCUUGGUCAAUUCAAAUUGGAAGUUAGUCAACUUAAAGAUUUACAACAUGAAAAUUUAGUACCAGUAAGUGGAUGUUGUAUGGAUAAUAAUAUUUUAGUAGUCCAUCCAAUGUAUGAUGCAACAAAUCUUCAAACUCUCUUAAACGAUUCAUCCUAUCAAAUUAGUAAUGAAUUUAUCCACAGAGUUUCAUUAGGUGUCGCUAAAGCUUUAACUUAUUUACACAGCCUCGAUAUUGUUCAUCGUGCAUUAAAACCAAACAACAUUUUAAUCGAAAAUCGUACUGGUAAUGUCUUGAUUCGUGACUAUGCCUUUGCUUUUGUUAAAGAUGGUGUUUUCCGUACUGGUCAACAAAGUAGCCCAUACUUGGCUCCUGAAAUUAUUACCAGCCAAUGUAACUCCUAUGAUACUCUCAGUGAUCAAUUCAGUUUCUCCAUGAUCCUCUUACAAUUGUUUACUCGUUCCCCAAUUUUCCCAGAUAUUCAUAUUAGUCGUAUUAGUGAUACCAUUUUAUCUGGUGUUCGUCCAGAAAUUCCAGAAAACAUCCCAACUGUAUUUAAUCGUUUAAUCCGUGCCUGUUGGAACCCAGAUGCUUCAUCAAGACCUACUUUCCUUACAAUUUCAAAGAUUCUUUCUCAACCAUUCCAACGUAUUUUCGCUCUUUCACCAUCUGCUUCAAUUGCUAAACCAACUAUUUCAACUGGAACCACCCAAGUUCAAGCCGGAGCCAAUUCCCCAUCAUCAAACAUUGCUGCCAAACACCAAUUCUCUGAAACUGGUGAGCUUAAUAGAAAGAUGUUAUUGGUAUUAGAACGUAUUCUCACCAUGCUCAAUGAACCAAACCAAGAUUCACUUAAACGUGCCCUUAAAGCUUUAGAAAGUUUAAGCUCACCAGAAAAUCACUCACAAAUGGUUGGUAUUGGUUUAAUGAAGUCUCUUUGCUCUAUAACUAAUCAUCCAGGUAUUGAAGAACAAUUAUUAAGAGUCAUCUACUCACUUUCUACUAACGAACAACUAUCAAACGAAUUUAUUGAAGCUGGUGGUUUUGCUCCUCUUUCAAGAUUUAUUGCCUCUGAUAAUCCAAACAUUGUAUUGAAUACCAUUAAACUCGUCUCUGUAUUAGCUGAUGAACAACAUUUACUUCAACUCAAAUAUAGUGGUAUUCUCAAUACACUCACUGCCCUCCUCUAUAGUGAUGAUGAAACUAUUUUAAUUCAAUCAGUAGGCGCAAUGUCACGUGUUCUUUUAAACGAAGAAAACCAAAAUCAUUUCAUUCAAUUAAAUGGUUUAACUGUUCUUUUGGAACUAUUAAAUUCAAACAAUACCAGUCUUUCAAUGAGAGCUUUAUUAGCCCUUUGCUGCCUAAUUUCAAAUGAAAAUUGCAAAUCUCAAUUACACAAUGCCGGUAUUAUUCCAAAACUUAUGGAACUCUUAUCAUCACCACAAAAACUUUUAAGACUUCACUCACUCAAAAUUAUUGAAACCAUGGCCAAAGAUAAUGAAUUUAGAAAACUCUUAAUUGAAGAAAGAUGCAUCCAAUUAUUGGUUCAUUUAUUAGCUUCUUCCAAUCAAGAUGAUACCUGCCCACCUAUCCUUUUAUGUUUAGCCUCAUUAUUAAGAUAUCACGGUAUUGCAUAUGAAGAUUUCCACCAAGCUCAAGGAAUUAAUCACAUUGUUAAAUUAAUAAACUACAACCAACAACCAGAAAUUUUAGAAGGAAUCUUUGAAGUAGUUUACUCUUUAAUUAAUCACGAACCAUCAAGAAAUCAAUUAAAAUCAAUCAUCCCACAAAUGGUCGAAAUUCUUUCAAACUCUUCUUGCAAACCAUCAUUAAUUGUUUUGAUCCUCCGUUGCUUAACACUAUUCUCAUCACAAAGCUCAUGUAUCGAAACUAUCGAACAAACUAUGGCUGUUUCAAUCGUAUCAACUUUAUUAUUACGUUUCGAGAAAAAUUAUGAAGUUAAAAUUACCAGCUUAAAAUUCAUCAGUUCAUUAGCUAAAAUGAAUAGCAAACUUUCAAUGAACAUUCAUAUUAUGGGAAUUCUUCAAAUUUUAGUUAAUAAUUUAGAAGAUAAAGCAAGCUCGAUCAAAGAUGAGGCCAUUUCAACAAUAUCUUGGUUAACAUCCUCUGCUGAAUGUAGAUCAGUUUUAUUACAAAAGAAUACUUUGAAAUUCUUAAUAGAUUUUAUAGGUACAACUAGAAAUGUAGAUAUUUUAGAAAGAUUAAUUUGGGCAAUUUCUUUCUUUGCUUUAGAUGAACAAGGUCAAGCUAUUAUUAGAGAAUCAAACAAAUGUUUAGAAUUUAUUAUAAGCUGUUUAGAUAGAAACGAAGAAGUAUUUAAAACUCUUGCUAUUAAAACUAUUUUAAUUCUAGUCCAAAAACCAAUAAAUCACAAUGCUCUUAAAAAGGUUGGUGUUGAUUUCCAAUUACAAGUUUUACAAUCAUCUUCAAAUAAAUCGAUCCAACUUGCAUCAAGAAAAAUUUUAUCAUUAUUAAAUCAAUAA